AUGGGAACCUACAGUGGGAGAGAUUCAACUGAAGAAAGAUUUUGGGAAAAGGGUGCUGGGGGAAAAGGCAACAGAUGUCCACCACAGCAUGUUUUUUCACUUUACUGGUUAUUAUCUCUUUUUAGACUCCCUCAGCACUGGACAGCCAAGACCACGAAGGACUUGGGACCCUUUCUAGUACUUUUCUCAGGAGAUGAAUUAAGCUCUAUAGCCACAGAGUUUCCUGAGAUCCUUCUGCAAGCAGCUUCCAAGAUGGCCGGGACCCUGCCCCCUAAAGAAUUCCUCUGGGCUGUCUUUCAAUCUGUUCAGAACAGCAGUGAUAAGAUCCCCAGCUCUGACCCUAUGCCUGGUUGCCAUGGAGUCGUGGCCCCCUCUUCUGAUGACAUCUUCAAGUUGGCCGAAGCCAACGCCUGCUGGGCCCUGGAGGACCUGCGGUGCAUGGAGGAAGACACAUUCAUCAGGACUGUGGAACUGCUGGGAGCUGUCCAGGGUUUCAGCCGGCCUCAGCUGAUGACCCUGAAGGAGAAAGCAAUACAGGUUUGGGCGCCAUCUUACUGGAGAGAACACCAUAUCGUCUCCCUGGGGCGCAUUGCUCUGGCUCUUAAUGAGAGUGAGCUGGAGCAGCUGGACCUCAGCUCCAUAGACACUGUGGCUUCCCUAAGCUGGCAAGCAGAAUGGACCCCGGGACAGGCUGAAUCCAUUUUGCAAGGGUACCUGGAUGAUUCAGGAUACAGUAUCCAGGACCUGAAGAGCUUUCAUUUGGUAGGACUUGGUGCAACCCUGUGUGCUAUAAACAUCACUGAAAUCCCACUUAUAAAGAUCUCAGAAUUCAGGGUGGUAGUGGCCAGAAUUGGGACCCUGCUCUGCAGCACACAUGUCUUAGCCGAGUUUAAGAGGAAGGCUGAAGUCGUGUUUGGGGAUCCCACUGAGUGGACCAGUUCUGUCUUGCAGGAGCUUGGGACCAUUGCAGUUGGAUUAACUAAGGCAGAGCUCCGGAUGCUUGACAAGGAUUUGAUGCCAUAUUUCCAGCCAGCAGCAAUAAAAUGCCUUCCUGAUGAGAUAUUCAAAGAGCUGUCCGCAGAGCAGAUCGCCUCCCUGGGUCCGGAGAACGCCGCGGCGGUGACCCACGCCCAGCGCCGGCGGCUCAGUCCACUGCAGCUGCAGAGCCUCCAGCAGGCGCUAGAUGGUGCCAAGACUCACUCCUGGCAGGACGCGCCCGCUAGCGCCGGUCCCACCAGAACCUCAUCCUCGAGUUCUCCCGCAGGAGCUCUCCAGUCGUGGGGUCUUUGGCUUGGUUGUCCCCUGCUGGUUCUAAUGGCCAAGCUCCUGUGGUGAGUGGCCUGAGCGCAUCGUCCUGUGUUGCCCCAAGCAGCUGGCCAACGUGUGUAGAGACAGGAUGCUCCAGAUGGUGGGACACCGUUCCCUGGAUCCAGACCCUCAUCUAGGGCAGGGAAACCCUGGGGCCUUGAUGGUGAAAAUGCACCCCAAAUGAAAAAUAAUUAUUAAAAAUGACCUUGCAAAUUA